AUGGACGUUUAUUCUCCAGCACAUCAUUUUACUUUAUCCCCUCCCGCGCAAAAUCUAAUUUCUGGUACAGUCGCUGGUUGGGUGCAAGUUGUAGUAGGAUUUCCCUUCGAUACAGUUAAAGUUAACCUUCAAACCAAUGGAUCAAAAUAUCGAAGUGCAAUAGAAUGUCUCGGGGUUUUAUACAGAAAAUAUGGGUUUCUUGGAUUAUAUAAAGGUUCAACUUCUCCUUUAAUGGGUAAUGGGCUUUGUAAUGCGGUUUUAUUCACUACAAACGAGACAUUUCGUCGAUUGAUUGGUGGUGGUGAAAAACGAACGCUUUCAUUACGUGAAAUUGGAACUGCCGGUGCAUAUACAGGUGCUGUGAUGGCAUUCUUUAAUACUCCUGUGGAAUUGCUUAAAGUUCAAUUACAAACUGAAAGCAACAACAAAAAAUUUGUAACCGAACGUAAAUAUAAUGGAGUUAUUGAUGCAGGAAUUCAAAUAUUCAAAAAACGUCGAAUAACUGGAUUAUAUCACGGUAUUACGAUAACCGUAUUACGAGAUAUACCAAGUUUUGCUACAUAUUUCUCUGGUGGAACAGCAGGUAUUGCUUGUUGGAUCCCUUGUUACCCGCAAGAUGUCAUUAAAAGUCAAAUGCAAAAAAAUCUCGAAUUUAAAUCAACGAUCGAAUGUUUUCGAGCUAUAAUUUCGAAUGCCAGAGCAACCAACACAUCAAUAUUUAAAACAUUUUCCCGAGGAUUUGGACCAACGAUGGCAAGAGCUUUUCCUGCCAACGCUGCAACAUUUCUUGCUUACGAAAUGACACUCAGUGCAUUACGUAAUUAUUAA